AUGCGUUAUACUAUAAUAGGUAUAUCGUUAUACUAUCUAUACUAUAAGAUGUAUAUAUAAUAGUUAUAUAUCAAUUUUUCUAGACGGCCAUGAGUUUGUAAGGAAGAUUACAAACGACUAUUACACUUUUUGUAAACAGCAAUAGUAUCUUUAGAAAGGAUUUAUUUUGGCUAGUUUUACCUUGUUUUAGCUUGUUUCUUUGGCUAUUUUGGGCAAAUGUAAGUCAAAAAAUGUGGUUUUUAUUUAUUCAUUAAAUUAAAAAAAAGUCUUGGCGCCAAUUUACUUUGUUUUGGACGUAAAGAAGCGCCAAGACUUUUUCCGAAACCUUAACAAUGGCUUAAAAAUGUAUUUUUUUAAUUUAAAAAUUAUAAGAAAAUUCUGUUAUUAGAUUGUUCAAAUAAUUCUGUGCUUUGUUCAAAGCGGACUUGCAGGGUUAGGGGGCACAUUAUUAUUUGAAAGACCCAAUAUUUACAAACUAAAAUUUUUUAUUAAAAGCAAUGUUUUCAGCAAAAUGAACAAAGACCUAAUCUUGGUGUUCACAAUCGAAGCUGUGGUCGUAGGCAUAGUACUCGGGUUCAUGAUACGACCUUUCAACCCUAGUAACGAUGCCAUCAGUUUAAUCGGCUUUCCAGGCGAGAUAUUUAUGCAAAUUGUGGAGAUGAUGAUAUUACCUUUGAUUAUCAGUUCGGUUAUCAGUGCGUUGGCACAAGUGAAGCCUGGCCAUGCUGGGAAGAUAGGCUUGCUAACUGUAUUGUACUAUAUGACUACUACUUUUCUGUCAACUUUUGUGAGUUUUUUUUAAAAUUUUAAUUUUGAAAUGGUAUUUUAUUAGAUUGUUCAAGUAAUUGUGUUCCCCUUAGUUUCCAAAAACUUGCUUUGAGAGGGGGCUCAUAAUUAUUUGAACGCACUAAUAUUUGACAUUUUAAAUUAAAAGUGGCUAAAAUAUACCCUAAAAUUGGCAAUUUAUAUUGUAAAAUACGGGUUUUAACACAUCUUUAAUCAAAUUUUAAAAUUUAUAUCAACUAAGUCAAGAUAAGUGAGAAAAUCAAGAAAUAUGUCUCUAAUUAUGUCGUUUCACACAGACAGACCGGUAUAAUCUUGGUCCAGUCGAUUCAUCCAGGUGAUCCUCAUUUGACCACGAAGUUUGGCGAAGGAACUUUGGAUGAUACGGCUUUGUCAACAUUGGACACGUUCUUAGACCAAAUUAGGUAAGAAAAUUAUUUUUGUAUUCUACUUGUUUUGUUCUAAAAUUUCUUGUUGAAUCUUUCGUUGCGGGACCUAAACUGGACCCCUGAGGCCUUUAUUUAAACUCGAGCUCGUAGCCGGGCCUAGAGGGUCUCUUUUAGGUCUAAACCUGUGUUAAUAUGGAUAAUAGUAUCAUAAUUUUAAUUAAAAUAUACUUUUUUAGAAACAUGUUUCCGGAAAACAUAGUCCAAGCCACGUUUCAACAAGUCCAAACCGAUUAUGUUCCAGUUAAGCCUAAAGUUAGGGCAAUAAACAAUUCGAGCGCUUUAGUGGUGGUUAGUAAUGGCACUCAACGACAGCUAAUGAAACGGGUGUUGACUUACACCAAUGAAGUUAAUGUUUUGGGUAAGAUAUUCUUUGUAAUGAAUAGUGAAAAGGAAUUUUUGGUGUUUUAAGGUUGAAAUCUUGCCAUAAAACAAGAAAUUCUUAUUAACAAACAAUGGGCUUAUUGCAAUCAAGCUUAUUGGAGAAGGGAAAGUUAUGUUUUGGAAAAAAAUCGUGAAAAAAAGCAAAAAAUGGCUUUAGGCUUGAUAUUUUAGGUGACAAAAAGAUUUUUUAAAAGAUUUGGCAGAGAACUGUGUUUUUUUCAAUAUUUUAGGUAACAAACAAGGAUUUUUAGAAGUAUUGUGAAUUAGCUGUGCUUUUUAAAGAUUUUAGGUAACAAACCUUGUUAAUACUUGCUCAUUUACUAAGUAAAACAUGUCAUCUUCUAGGUCUGAUUGUGUUCUGCACUGGUUUUGGUGUGAUCUUGUCGAUAUUAGGCGAGCAAGCUCGUUUGAUGAUCAACUUCUUCAUUGUACUGGACGCUGUGAUUAUGAGGUGGAUCACGGCAUUAAUGUGGGUAUAUCCGAUCGGGAUAUUGUCUUUGGUAACGAAAAAUAUUGUCGACAUUGACAAUUUGACUGAAACUGCACAGGCAUUGGCUAUGGUAAGAUAACAGUAUUUUCGUUUUUGUUAUAUUAGGUUGUUCAAAUAAUUCUAUGCCCCCUCUCAAAGCAACUUUGGGGUUAGGGGGUUUAUCAUUAUUUGAACAACCUAAUAAUGAUAAUUUUUUAAAAAAUUUUUACUUAAAGGAUUAAAUUUUUGAUGUUAAUCCUAUGAAUUAAAAGCUGUUUAUAUGAGGCGCAGAAUUGAACGGCCUAAUAUAACUGAUACAUUUCAGUACGUAGUAACAGUAAUUUGUGGAUUGAUGAUUCACUCAUUGUUAACUUUGCCAUUACUUUAUUACAUGUUUACUCGAGGCAAUCCUUUCAAUUUUAUGACCGGUAUGUUACAAGCUGUGGCUACAGCCUUCGGUACGGCUUCAAGGUAUGUUUUUGUAGUUUACUGACCCAAAUUCAUUGCAUAAAGUAAUUUUAUUGAUAUAUAUUCGUCGUAUAAGGUUAUUUUACUGACUCAUAUUUAUAGAUUGUACUAUUUUACUGAUACAUGUCAUUGUAUAGCCUUAGAGUUACUUUAAGGUAGUACUUAUGUUAAACUUUUGUUAUACAGUAGUAGCCAUUGUAAUAGCCUUACAUUGCUUUUAGUGGUGCUACACUGCCAGUAACAUUCCGAGCCUUGGAAGAUUCACUGAAGAUAGAUCGUCGUGUAACUCGGUUUGUAUUGCCAUUAGGAGCGACUAUUACUAUGGAUGGAACGGCGUUGUACGAAGCUGUCGCUGUCAUUUUCAUUGCUCAACUCAAUAAUAUACAGCUUUCUUUGGUCGAGCUUCUGACGAUUAGGUAGGGUGGUGUAAAUACGAUAUGAGUAUGAGUGAGAUAUGGGUAUCUUGCCUUACCUUACCUUGCGCUACCCUUUUUUCAAUAAGGUAAUGUAGGGCAGGGUGGAGUAGCGUAGGGUAGGCAGGAUAACUUAAACUAGGGUAGGGCAUGGCAGCGUAGGAUAGAGUAAAAUAAGGUAGAAUACGGUACUGUAGGGUCAUGGUACUGUAAAGUUGAGGAUACUGUAGAGCCUAGAGUAGGGAAAGAUAAGGUGGGAUAGGGUAAGGUAAGGUGAGUUAAGUUAAGUCAGGGUAGAGUAGAGUAAGGUUAUGUAAGGUAGCGAAUGAGUGUUCAACAAUAUCAAUGUUAACAUAUGAUUAUGCUUUACAGUUUCACAACAACAGUAGUAUCAAUCGGCUCUGGGUCAGUACCAGCUGGACUAGACACAUUGAUAGUAGUACUAACAACCGUGGGUUUGCCAGUAAAAGACCUCUCAUUGUUAUUAACAGUCGAUUGGCUUCUGGAUCGUAUCAGGACUUCUGUAAAUGUGCUAGGUGACGGUUAUGGAUGUGGUAUCAUCUACCACAUGACUAAGAAGACGUUGGCCGAAGGUGAUAAGGAUGAUCUUAUCAGGCAACUGAGGAAUGAAAUUAGUAAGUUUAUGGACAGGCGGGGGGGGCGGGGGGGGUGGUAAUGUAUAUUUGUGACUUUUGGGGCGGGUUUUUUGAGUAGGACAACCAAUUAUGAAAGUGGGCGACCAGUGGCCUUCUUAGGGGGUGGUUUUGGCAAAAAAAAUAAAACUCAAGGUUUAUAUUCAAUUUUAAAGCAAUGUAAACAUACAAACCCACUUACAACCCAAAUUUAGAGAUCAUAAACGCCCCCGUGCCUCACCUUGACCUAACCGAAGACGAGCCCCAUCACGGCACGUCUCAGUCGAUGCCAGUCACAGCACGACAGCCUCGCUUCUCCUUGGCCGGCUUCAGUGAAUCCUUUGGAGGGAAUCGUCGCCAAAGGCCCAAAGACUACCUCAGCGCUUCGGCCACUCAUUCAGAAUGUGGAUUCAAUUUAAUGGGCAAGAAGUCGACGGCCGAAGGUCCAGAUGAAGCACGAUACAAGGAGGACAACCGAUCGUUACUCUCUGGAUCCAUGGAGUUUACUGUAUGA